UCAGGAAACUGGUUGGUUUAUGCAGACAAUCUACACAACAAUUCAGGCCGAUCGACCUGUCAGUACAACUUGUAGCAAUCCACUAAGCAGAUUAAUGCAGACCGUGUACAGCUCCAUUCCGACCCUAAGGUCAAGCAGCACUUCUUCAUCAAGCCCCUUGAAUCGUCUCAAAUCCCAGAUCCAGUCCAAUGUUAAAAAAAAGCUGGAGCCCAACUGUGUGUGGUAUGGUAUGCUGAAAUACCUAAAGAGCAUAUCCAAGGCUGACAAGGAACAUUUUCUUUAUUUUCUUCUACCAAAUAUCAUUAAAAUGGCUCUACGUAUAGAAGACUCGAGACCUAAAGAGGGCCUCUUUUUUAGCAGAAAACAGAAUGGUGAGUUGUUUUUCCCCCUUAAUUUCUAGAGAUAAGAUUAUACAAGUUUUCGUUUUUGAUUGUGAUUACUUGAAGGUUUAUUUACAUGCGUUAAAUAUUUUUAGAAUCAAAAGAGCUGGUACUUUAAAAGUAUUUCAAUGUUAGAAUCAAAAGGACCAGCACUUUACAUGUGUUCAGUUAUAAAUGGAGGGCUGUGCUCAUUUAGUGUGUUUAAUUUGCAUUUAAUUUUACUUACCUCAGUUUCUACAGAAAAAGAAUUUUACUAUCUGAUGAGAAAGUGUUCAAUUGCUAAGCAGGGUUUCCCAACCUUUUCUGUAUUUUGCACCCAGUAUGAAUUGUUCGACUAAGUCUUAAACCCUCAUCAAUUUUGUUGACUAAGUCUCACACCCCGUAUGUAUCAUUUGACUAGAUCUUGAACCUUUUACAAGUUAUUUGACAAAGUCUCACACCACAAAGAGUAGUUUGACUAAGUCUCGCACCACCUUUAAAAGUAACAAUGGUUUUUAAAAUUGCGAAAAAAUAGACACUUAUAUAAAUUGCGAAAAAAUAGACACUUAUUUCUUUGUAAUUGAAUUAAAAAUGGAACUGUAGAAUUUUAAAAAGAAACGUGUAACUUUUAACAUAAAGUCAAAUGUUCAUGAAGAAAGUAAAAGAUAUGCAAACACUUUUAUCAUGUCUUAAAAAUUAAUGGCUCUCCAUUCUUAUGAGCACAUUUCCUUGCUCCUUCGGAAAUGCCAGGUUGGGAAAUCCUGCUGUGUAGGAUGAAGCUUACGUGUCAAAUUUGCAAAACAUUCAAAUGAAAUGAAACAACCAUGAAAUUAAAUUAUUUUAUUACUGUUACUGUGCACGACAAAGUCAUUGCAGUAUUAUAAAUGUAUUUGUCUUUCCUGUAUUUGUUUGCUACUCUGUUUGAACUUCUGCAGGAGGCAGCACAGCAUUGUCCCGGCAGUUUGUUUGCUCGGUUGUGGCCUGUUUUUUCUUGUGCCUGUUCCCAGAGAGAGUUAGAGAAACCACAUCUGACAUGAACAUCGUGAACUUCACCACAUUUUUCAAGCACCUUCAGUUGUACGUUGCCCCAUGUUUUUGCUUUCUUUAUGUGUGGUGACCUGUAUAGAAUGUACUGGCGCCUUUGAACAAGCCUCGUCUUUUUUCAUAUGUGGUCGCCAUAGAGUUUAAUUUCCCCUUUGAACAUGGGUUGUCGAAACUUUAUUUCCAUGAAUUUUUAUUUGCUUUUAAUUACUUAAGAGAAAUCUUGAUGAAACUUAAUGUUUGUUUUUUUAAAGUAUACUUACAUUUAAGAUUAUUUAUAGUCGAUAUCAUAUAUUUUCUAAAAUACAGAAGAUAAGUAACAUUUAAUAAAUUUAAAAAUGCAAAUGUUUUAAUGAAAAUCAACUUAUUUAAAAAAACAGUUGUGACUAUUUGUUGAAGUGUACAUGUUCACGUGUAGACUUGUAUUCCUUGUAACAUCCCACAGGCCGUCCCAAGUGUCUAAGUUGCGCUGCAUACUGCAUUAUUUUGAAUGUGUCGUUGAAAGAGGAAUGACAAUAACUGGCAGUAUUGUAUUUACUAGAAAGGUAAGCGUUUUUGGAAGCAAGUGUUGCUGAACACAGUAUUUUAAUUUUUUUACCCUUAAUUCUUGGUCAGUUUGUGCACCCAGUGACAGAAUGUGUACAUCCUGGUGAGUGUGCACAUGCCGUGACAGAAUGUGUACAUGCUGGUCAGUUGGUGCAUGCUGUGACUUAAUGUGUACAUCCUGGUCAGUUGAUGCUCACUGUGACAGAGUGAGUGGGACAGUGUAGAAACUUAAGCCAAAAACCUAAAUAAACUGAAUUAGUAAUAUCACCGUGACCGAUUAGUUGACAACCACACUUUCUAGCAUACAAUAUUUGUAAAAAAGCUAAAUUCUAGAUGAAUUGAUAAAAUGUAAUUGCCUUUUCCCACAGAUACUCAGUUAAGAGAUUUAGAAAAAAAUAAUUACUGCACAGUUAGGGACUUUUUUGGUAAAUAGGAUUAAGAACAUCAGGAAACCUUGCAACAAAAAACAAACAAAAAAAGCUUCAAAAAUAUUUGUUUGGCUUUUUAAAUGAAUACUUUGAUUGGAUAGAAAAAUUCAGAUUUUAAACAAUUUGUCAUAAGAACUUGGCAUUGAAUACAUUGCAAAUCAACUGAUUUUUGAGGCAACCGCCAAGGAACUCCACCUUUCUAUCCACUGGUUCUGUGGGACUUUCCUGACCACUGGUUACAUAGGGCCUGUCUGUCCAUUUGUUUAGUGAGACCUUUCUAUCCACUAGUUCUGUGUCACCUGUCUGUCCAUGGAUUCUGUGACAUGUCUGUCCAUUGGUUAUUUGGCACCUGUCUAUCCACUUGUUAUGUGACAUUUUGUCUACUGGUUAUGUGAAACCUGGCUGUUCACUGGUUAUGUGGGAUCUGUCUGUUCAGUGGUUUUGAGGGACCUGUCUAUCCAUUGCUUUCUUUUACUUGAAUAUCAUUCUAUUAUAAAAUGCUGGUACUUAAUGACCUAAAUUCAUUGGCCUUGUCUUGUGAUGUGUACCGUUGUAAAAUCAUUGCUUGUCUUACCUUAGGUUGUAACCCCCACCUGGAUACUUAAGUUUGACGAGUUAACUCAAUGUGAGAUGAGCCUUUGUCCAGUGAAGGUCUUUUCUAAAGGUGUUAUAGAAGAAAGUGGUGCUGAAGUCAUACAGGUAUACUAUGUCACUGAUAUUUAUAAGACAAGAUUCUUUUAUUGAUCCAAACAAAUGGAAAUGUUUUUUGAUAGCCUUGUACAUUUUUAGCACACAACUAAAACAAUUUGAACAAAAGACAUCUACAUUAAGUUAUUUCACUAGUAGAAAAAAAACAGCCAUUCAGUGAAUUCUCUUAGCCAUAUUAGGGACCUAUUAGUUCUCAUUUAGUUUUGUGACUUCUGGGGGAGCAUGCUGGUAAAUUUGUACAGUUUGGGCAACGAAAUAGUUUUUAUAUCUGGGGAUUCAGAUAAACUAGCAUGAUGUUGACACUUGAGGGCUUCCAGGAGACCAAGAAAGACUAGGCAUACAUCAAGAGGAAAAUAGGACAGACAAUAAUAAUUUCUGUUCAACGCUACCUCACACUCUGUGCAUUGUUGGUACAUGACCUAUGAGAAGAAUUAAACCUACAUAAAAUUAACUAUAACUAAGUAUUUUGCUUCUUUUGGGGAUAUAUAAAAGUGUUUUUGGCAUAGUUUGUCUUAGUUCUUUCCAUAAGGGUAAAUGAACUUUUUCUUUGUUUGAUUGUUUGCCAUUAGGUAGACUUUGCUAACCAGUCCAUUGGAGGUGGAGUGCUGGGAAGGGCAAGAGUGCAGGUAAGGCAUUGGGCGGUUCAACUUUUGUCAUUGUUACAAAGUCACCCAAAUAAGAGUGCAGGUAAGGCAUUGGGCGGUUCAACUUUUGUCAUUGUUUACAAAGUCACCCAUAUAAGAGUGCAGGUAAGGCAUUGGGUGGUUCAACUUUUGUCAUUGUACAAAGCCACCCAAAUAAGAGUGCAGGUAAGACAUUGGACAGUGAGGUUAUUUCCACGGUUUUACCAAGCACUUUGAGACGUGGAACAAAAACAAGACCACUGACAGCAGGUUUACUUCACACUAUAUUCCUUUAAUAAAAGGGAAGUAACUCCCUUAUACCAAACUUACUUCUUGCCUGACAGCAGGUUUUAACUCCCUUUUACCAGUGACUUACAAUUUAUUAAAAAAAAUGUCCAGCUGAUAAAUAUUAAUGAAUUAAGAAUAAAUGCAUCCAAAUAUUGAUUAGGUUUAAUAAAAAUUUAACAUUAGCGGCGAAUAAAUAAAGAGCAGUUACCAAAAAAUUGAUUUGUUUCCACUUGGUACAAACACGUUAGCUAGAGACGCAUUGUAUUGAAGCACUCAUAGUCAUAGAUUGAACGUGAAAUAAGAUUUUAAAAAUUUUAACAAAUGAAUUCAGGCUGUAAACAUCAAACAGCGCACUGAAUCACUCAGCGAAAUUGGUUCACAUGACCAAACCUUAACCCUGUAACUGUCAUAACGGCCGAUCAUAUAUAAAUGAGUUUGGUCUCUGUUUUGGUUUCUAUCAUUGUGUCACUGUGCUUUUAUCUGGACUUGUUUGUGAUCCAUUGGGUGUGAAAUCAGCUCAAUUUUUUUUUUUUACUGCAAUUUUGUCUGAUGCUGGAGAAAUUCUAGAGUCAACACAGACUUUCUUUAUUGGAAUUAUUUAAAAUGGAUUCCAUGGGGUAUUCCAUUGGUCAGUGCCGACUGUAUAAGCUCUAGCACUGAUGGCGAUAUAUGAGUCAUAUAUUGAAAAUUUUAGCUCUAAGCUUAAUCCUCAUGUUAUAGACAAAUUCGUUUGGGAAAGGGUGAAAAAAAACCAACAAAGAUUGGAUCCCCAAGACCUAUCCUUAAGAGAUUCAAAGACAUUUGUGUUUCUGAAUGUUCUGGCAUAUUAAUUAAUAAAAAAUGGAUUGAGUAACUUCAAUUGAAAAGGAAACUUUAAAUUCAUUUUGUGCUUUCCCCCUUGUAUUUUGUAUGACAAGGUAGUUUCCCCCUUGUAUUUUCUAUGACAAGGUUGUUCCCCUGUGUGUUUUGUAUGACAAUGUAGUUAGCCCAUUCAAUAAGUUACAAUUAUUCAGUGGAACAUAGUAAAAUAAUGGGGCUAAAAUUCCUUUCGACCUGAUGAUUUUUAACUGAAAGUCCCCGCUUUCUGUUUAUCAAAUCUUUGUCGUGUGGCAUAUCAAAAUGUAACUAAUUGAACAAAGAAUAUGUUUUAUUAUAAAAGAGCAAUAAAAAAUUAUAUAGAGACAGUGUUAUGUAAAGGUUACAACAAAAAAAAAAAAAAAAAAAAAAAAAAAAAUUAAAUUACACAACAAAAAAAAAAAAAAAAAAAAAAAAAAAAAAAAAUAUUUUAAAAAAAAAAAAAAAAAAAAAAAAAAAAAAAAAAAAAGUUUAAAAAAAGAAAAAAAAAAAAAAAAAAAAAAAAAAAAAAAAGCAAUUCUACUCACCAACCCAUAAAUGAGGUAAGAAUAAUCCAAUAAGACAAUUUUUGUAAGCAAAUGAGCCUUAUUAUAUAUCCACAGUAUGAGGAAAGUUUUGUUGCAAUAACUCAAGAAAUUGCAAAGCUAUGAAUUUUUUUUCAUCAUAAUAGUCUUGAAUAAAUUUUCCAAAAGUUAAUAAUACAAUAGAAAUAACUAUUCCGGUCUGGUACACAAAUAUUUACACAUAUUUACGAACUUUAUAAACAAAUCAGGUCAUUGUUUUCAUUUGAGUCCAAUGAAUCAUCCAAGCUAAUUAAUUGGCUUGCUUCUUCAGCAGCCAUACAUCUAAAUCUUGAGUGAGCAGACCUCAUAUUAGUAUUGUUGAAGCCAUUUUAAUCAGCUGAUGUUUGUUUACAAUUUUUAGAAUACAAUUUUUUCAACAUGAAAAAACUAGCAAAUAAUACGCAAAACGUAGUACAAUCCAAUAGAGAAUUUACAGAGAGGAAGUUGAAACUCUUCCGAAUAAAAGUUUCGAAAGCUAUAGAUAAAAUAUUUGACUGUAAAAGUUAAAACACUAAAGGAAUGAAACAAACCAGCAAUGAUGCACUCUGCAGCGAAACGUAUUCAGCAGAAAUCGGGGUGAUGCACACUGCGGCGAAACGUAUCGAAUGGGUUAAUGAAAAAGUUCACCAAUAAAUACAAGUAUAUUUAUCUGAAAGAACAUUGCUUCUAGUAUCUCAAAAACUUGAUUUUAUGAUAGAUUGAACAAUUUAUGGUGCAUUAGAUUGGGUUGAAUUCAGAAGUUUAGAAGUCAAAAUUUACUCACCCUGUAAAGGUCAAAGUCAUUAUUAAAGUAAAUGAUAUGAAAGAAAAUUCUUUUCAUACCAUAUUCUCUCAGAAAAUGUAUAAUUUGUAAGGGUCUCUGAAACCAUUUAGUAUGGCAUUUUUUCAUUUUUGACAAAUGUAUGAAAAUAAAACCAGAAAAAAGCACUUAAAGGUUUAACACCACUUCAGCAUUUUGCAAAAAUUAUUGUUAAUUCAUGAGCCGGUACAAUGGAUUCACGGUGGUCAAAGAUGAGCCGGUACAAUGGGUUCACAGUGGUCAAAGAUGAGCCGGUACAAUGGGUUCACAGUGGUCAAAGAGUUAAACGUUGGUCACUUAUAUCAAGUCACCCAAGUUAGAGUGCAGGUAAGACAUUGGACAGUUAAACAUUGAUUAGUGUUUACAAAGUCAACCAUAUAAAUAUAUACAUUUAUCGUGCAACAUGAGAUUUAUUUUGGAAGAUAUACAAUUUUGACUUCACUGAAACAAUUGUCAAUGCUCAAAUAUUAAUUUUUUUUUAUUGCUGUGGUCAAUUAGGCAAAAUUGGUUUUACUGGCUUGCUUGCAAUAACUGCCGUUCUGCUGCUGAGGAUUUUCACAUUUAUUUUAAGAUUCCUACAGGUGUAAUCUCAAAAUACAAUUCCACUAACAUACACCUGUGACAGUACAUGUGACAGUACAAGUGACAGUAUAUGUGACAUUUUCAUUGUUUCUAAUAAUGGAUCAGUGACUAUAAUUUGAUCUUUGGAUUUCUGUAAUUUCAUUUUUGUAUUUCUUUAAUUACAUAUUUGUAUUUCUGUAAUUACAUAUUUGUAUUUCUGUAAUUUCAUAUUUGUAUUUCUGUAAUUUCAUAUUUGUGUUCUCAGGAGGAAAUAAAAUUCUGUGUGUGCCCAGAGUUGAUGUCAGCCAUGUUGUUCAUGGAAAACAUGGAACACAAUGAAGCCAUAGCAGUGUCAGGGUUUGAGCAGUUCUCCUGCUACACUGGCUACGCUGACUCCCUGGAGUUUGCUGGUCACUACAAUGGGAACACCGCCAACAAGGUAUGCCAUACUGGACCUAACAAUUGAUGCGCCGCACCUUCAUGUCUUUAGGAGGGUGAGGUAUUUUUCAGUGUAAUCAUCCAUAUUUGGAUGCUGCUAAGUUUAUAUUAAGAAUUUUUUUAUUUUUGGGAACAUUUCAAUCCAUGGUUCCUUACCUGUCCAUAAUUCAUUUUACGUUUUCUUUCCGUGAACUGUUCAGCUUCUUAAAACAAAUGUACUGUAAAUAUGUCAGAAAAUGAUUUUUUUGUCUUGUAUAUGAUCAGACCCACAGGAUGGUAGCCAUAGACGCCCUCUCCUAUAGAGAUGUCCCUACCCUGAGGCAGUAUGAAGAGACGUUUGUGAUGAGGGACCUCAACAAGGCAUUGAUUGGCUUCUGCAGGUUACCUGCCACUGAUGAUGGCCUCAGUAUGGAGGAUGAAGGUUUGAAAAUUAUUCAACCUUCCAUUAACUAUCCUUUUCUUCUUCUUUUUUUGACACGUCUUUAUUUUUAAACUUAUAGACAAUGCAUAGAUAGCAGAAUUCUGUCUCCAUCCCAAGUUGCCUGCUGGCAUAGAUAGCUGAAUUCUAACUCCAUCCCAUGUGCCUGCGUUCAUAGAUAGCUGAAGUCCAACUCCAUCCCAAGUUGCCAGCUAUCUUCCAACUUUGCUGUUUGAGGAUAUUUUCAAGUUUCAAUCCAUAAACGGGCAUGAUUCCCUUUCUAUCUCAGUGGAGUAGCAAAAACUGAGUUUUAACCUCUUUCCUGAUUUCAGUGUGCUGCCAUUGCUUAAAGGUUAAUUCUAACAGUCCCUUGUCGUUGUCAAGCAAACUGAAGUGGCUGCAUUAUGAAUUAGAUUUAAAGUCGGUUUUGAAGUUGAUUGGUAAAAUAGCUAUAAAUAAGCUAUUGAUUUAUUUAGAGGAAAUUUGUAAGUUAUUAUUUAUUCUAAAUAUUCAUUUGAGAGCUUAAGAGUGGACAUAAAUAGAUGAUUAGCAUGUUUUGCCUGAAGGAAAUAGUGGAAUAAGGUAUGUGGUAUGCUUGAACAUAUAAAGACAGGACAAUAAAAGAUGAAAAUUUCGGCUAAGAGCCUUCCUCGGAAAACAGGAGGAAUUAGGAAACAACAAGAAAUAGAGAGUUUUUUCAAAAACUUGAGUGUUGGCCAUUAAUGCGGUAGCCAGAAUUUGGCUUUUCCAAGACCAAGAAGUGAAAGAAUUCAGGUAUCAUUACUGAGAAAAAUAAGAUUUUAAAGGACAAAAAUAUUUUGGAAAUAUGUAAACUCUAAGAAAAGAAAUAAAGGGAAAUUGAGGAUCCUCAAAUACAGCUUGAAUGCAGUCCUGCAUUUAUUAUCCUUUGUCUGAAGACGGUGACAGGCUGGUGCACUUGAAUCAUUCCUUAAAGGUUUUUUAAAAUUGCUUAUGCAAAAAAAUGCGCCUAGGAUUGAAAUUCUGGGCUGUUGGCUCUUUCUGUGUGUAUGGACUGAUGGCUGUGUACAUGGACUGUUUGCUCUCUACAUAGGCCACUGUUAAUGGACUGUUGGCUUUGUACAUGGGAUGUUGUCUCUAUACAUGGACUGUUGUCUCUGUUCAUGGACUGUUGGCUCUGUACAUGGACUGUUGACUCUGUACAAACUACACAACCAUUUCUACUACGAUCUUAUUUGAUAAAAGGCUCUUUUUUUUUUUUUCCAGAUGGGACUGGAGGGGCAGCAAAUGUUGCGAUAGAUGUCAAAGGAGGGACAGUGGAUGUGGCAGCAGGAAUGGUGACAAGUGCCAUCUGUGACGCCUUUCAAAGAGCAUCGGAGGGUCAGCAGCAGUCAUUCGUUUUGGACCAAGAACAAACACAGAGACCCUGUGACCAUAAGCAUCACCAACCUCUGCUUCCUGAUUUAAAACCAUCAUGCCUAGAAGUGGUAGAGACAGCCUCUGAAAAACUACCCGCCACUGCCCUAUCAGCCUCUACCAAACCAACCGCCGCCACUGCCCUAUCAGCCUCUACCAAACCAACCGCCACCGCUUUUGGACCAAGAACAAACACAGAGACCCUGUGACCAUAAGCAUCACCAACCUCUGCUUCCUGAUUUAAACCCAUCAUGCCUAGAAGUGGUAGAGACAGCCUCUGAAAAACUACCCGCCACUGCCCUAUCAGCCUCUACCAAACCAACCGCCGCCACUGCCCUAUCAGCCUCUACCAAACCAACCGCCACCGCUGCCCUAUCAGCCUCUACCAAACCAACCGCCGCCACUGCUCUAUCAGCCUCUACCAAACCAACCGCCGCCACUGCCCUAUCAGCCUCUACCAAACUCACUGCCGCAGCCCUAUUAGAUUCUUACCAACAGCCAGCUUCCAUCUCAGGACUCAAUGCAGGGGCAGUCAUCCGGGUUUCUUUUGAGUCUCCUUCAACAUCAUCCCCAGCAGUAGUUGGUGCACCCCAAACGCAUGUGCCACAUGCUGUUCCCAUAGACCCUGGCACUGUAUUACCAACAUCACCCUCUGUUCAUUCCACUGAUAUCUCAACCACAUUUGUUCCCGACCGUAUCAUUUCUGAUCAUUGUAAUUCUCACCCCAACACAGCAGUUUCUCUUGAGCAGUUGCCGUCGAGCACUUUUGUAACAAUAACUCUUGCUUCUCAAGAAACGCCCAGCAUGCCCUGUGAUAUAAACGCAAUGCCUAGAUUAGAGUCUGACCACGUUGACCAACAGAUUCCCACUGCUGGAUUUCCUACACCCUUUCACUCAAGUGCCUUGGCUGGUGACUCAGCUGUCAGACAUGAUUUUCUUGGGAUGCGAUUAGCAAGUGACAUUCUUGGAAACUUAACAAAAAUUACUUCAACUGCUGAUGGUGCUGAGGCAUCACUCCUGCCACACGCCGCUCAAGGUGAUGUGCCAGCCACUGGUGCUGAAUUUUGUCUUACGGAAAACUUUAGACCAGUAGCUUUAGAUUCAUAUCCAAAAGUGACACAUUUUACGAUGGAAUUGCCCCAGUCGUCCACAGACAGCUUUGAUCAGAAUCUGUCCCUUCACUUUCACACACAACCUAAUGAGGAAUACAGUGGGCAAAGUACUACCUGCUGUUUAGAUUCACCUGUGGCGAUCUCAGAAGAAUCAAAAUCUCUGCCUUCAUUACAAGAGGUGCCGGCCCACCAUCCAGAUGAGUCGAGGGGCUCACACUCUCCAUUAGUUACUGAUUCUCAGGACUCCAACAGCCUCAUCUCCACGGACAUGCUGUAUGUUAAUGUAGAUAAUCUUCACCCCAGGAAGCUUAGCAUGACAGAAGAAUUGGGGACAGCUAGCUUCGACUCGGCCCUGCUUGGGCCACCAUCAUCUUUGUCCCCCCAGUCAUCCUUGUCAUCAUCCAAUGUCUCCCCAAACACCUCUUUCACCCUCCCCACCUACCAUCUGCCGAGGAAUGGUUCCAGCGAUGUCCAUGUCACUGCAGACUUUUUUAUCCCUGAUCUCGACAAUCUGGCCGAGCGAUUCCCACAACAGCAGCGGGGCUCACGAGACUUUUAUGGAGAGCUCAGGGAGUUCCUUAGCUCUUCCAGCUCAGGGACAAGGAGCUCAGGAUCUGGUGGUGGGCCAAACUCAAGCUCCAAUUCCACAUGGGGUUCAAGGUCAGGGUCUAUUUCCUCCCAUGGCACUAACGGGUCCAGCAAUGACUUCAUGGAGUUUUGGAACCACUUGAGACGUAGGAGCUCUCAAUUUAGUGACACCACAUCGAGGAGGUCGAGUUCAAGUAAACACAGCUCAGAUUUCAGCACUGACCUUGAAGUAAGAAACUAUUCUUAUCACUUCAUCAAUUUUUUUUUUAAUUCAUAAGAUAUCAAUGCUUUAACAGCAUUAUCCAAUUUGAUAAGUGCACGGUAUUUGUGGAUUUGAUAAGAUCAUAUUUCCUUUUUAUGUUGUGCAAUUUAUGUUUAUCAUAGACUUGUAUUUAUUUAGCCAUCUUAACCUUUAAUGUCAUUCUCUUAAAAAUAUCAGUGUAUUCAUUUUAUUGUUUCCUGGUUUUGGAACUGGUCAAAUUAAAAAAGUUUAUAAUAAUAUAUCACAGGUUCAAAGCCCAUUGAGUUUGGGGGUCUUGGGCUGAAGAAAAAAAAAAGUAAAAAAAUUAUCUAGUAUUUAAAUUUUGCUUAAAUUUUAAUUGCAGCAUAUAUUAUGAUAAUUAUCUAUGAGAUCCACAACAGUAAAUUGCUUCUGUGUUUGGUUUUGUUGAGUUAAAAGUUUAUUUUAGAAAUGUUUAUAAAAAGCAAUAUUCUUUUACUUUCUUUUUUUCUCUCCCUUUUUUAUCAUGUAUUAGGCUUGACACAAAGAUACAAAUGACACUUAUUUAUCAUGUAUUAGGCUUGACACAAAGAUACAAAUGACACUUAUUACUUUAAUUAGUUUUAUAAUCAGCUGAUUAAUUAGAUCAAGCGACACCUCAACUUUUUAUCUUCAACUUUUGAUCGUAUGGGUUUUAGAUAUCUAACAACUUCGCUUGUGCGGAGUUUAAACACACCUUAGUUUUAUUCCCCUUGUGUCUUUCGGCUCAUUUGUGAUCUCCAUUUCUACUGCACAAAUGUCAUUUGGCUCAUUUGUGAUCUCCAUUUCUACUGCACAAAUGUCAUUUGGCUCAUUUGUGAACUCCAUUUCUACUGCACAAAUGUCAUUUGGCUCAUUUGUGAUCUCCAUUUCUACUGCACAAAUGUCAUUUGGCUCAUUUGUGAUCUCCAUUUCUACUGCACAAAUGUCAUUUGGCUCAUUUGUGAUCUCCAUUUCUACUGCACAAAUGUCAUUUGGCUCCUUUUUGAUCUCCAUUUCUACUGCUCAAAUGUCAUUUGGCUCAUUUGUGAUCUCCAUUUCCAUUGCCCAAGUGUUAGUCCAAACAACCUUAGCCUAGUAAGCAAGUAUUAUUAUUCACAUGGGUACUUCUGUUUGAAACAGCUUACUUUUCACUUCUGGGGGUGCUGCACUGCAGGCGACUCGAUUACAUUUGUGUUUUUAUGAUUGUAUUGGUUUUUAUGUAUUUUUCCUUUGAAAUAAAGGAGUGGUGAAUGUAUUUGGUAUUCACCUUUUUAUUUUUUUUAUCAUCAAUGACAGCGUUUAAAUGGAAUUUGGAACAAAUAUUCACAUUGUCAUCUUGGAAACAAAUGAAUCUGCCAUCUCGUAAACAAGUGGCGGAAUUGAAACAACCAACCAAAGACAAAUCAGCUGCAGACAUUAUGAUUAUCCAUGAUCUUGACAAAAAGCCCAGACUCAUUUAAAAAUGCCAACAUACACCACACACAUCACAGUUAAUCAGACCACGCAGUGGCUCACCUGUUGCCUUGAAGAAUCUGACAGCCCAAUGUUCAGCAAACAGUUGGGCACAGCAUUGAAGAAUCUGACAGCUCAAUGUUCAGCAAACAGCUUGGUACAGCCUUGAAGAAUCUGACAGCAUAAUGUUCACCAAAUGGCUUGGUACAGGCCAAGUUUAAAAGGAACAACAAAAACUCAAAGAAAGACUUUCAAGUUUGUGCAAUGUAAUAAAAAAACAAACAAGUUUCCAUUUAUUUAGAUUAUUUAUUAUUAUUCCAAUAAAAGCAUCUUAUCUUUUCUUAUCUUAUUUUAGAUCAAAGGUCUUUCCUGUCCGUCACCAUGUUAGAAAUAAUAAUAUUAUAUCAGUCUUAUUUUUAUCCUCACCUUUAGUUGAAGCUGUCCCACUUCUCCCUGUAAGGGGACUGUUCACUUUGAGAACCACUGAACUAAAGGUAUACAAGGGUGUAAAAUAUCCUUCACGAGGAAAAAACAUAAUUAUUGACGUCUUUAUUUAAAAAAAUUUUUUUUUUUAUCUAGGAAAUCUCAGAGAGCCUACAGAAACAUUGCCAUGGUGUGAUUGAGGAAGAAGGAGGCAUCUUGACCAUGCUGACAGACUACGCCUCUCAGAUGGUUACUUCAGCUGUGAGAAAUGGAGUAGCUACCGGAGUCAACACGCUGGCUCAACCAGGCCACCAAUUUAUUCUCACCGGCAGCCAGGAAACCUCUGAAAUGGGCUUGCUCGGCGAGCCAGGCAAUGUCCCAAAGAACGCCAGCUCUCCACCAAGACACAGGAAAACAUUCUCCAGGGCAGGGACUUUAGUGAGGCAAGAGAAGGUUAACCUAGAAGUCGAUGACGCAGAAUGUAAGAUCAUUCCUGGCCUCGAAGAGGAGUCCGAAAGAGAUGAGUACCCUCAGGCACAGGACUCGCCGCCAAAAAUUUUUUAUGAUUUUGACUUGAGAUCAACGCAGCUACCAAAUGAAAACUUGAGUUUGAAAUCAAGUCAGCAACCAAAUGAAAACUUGAGUUUGAAAUCAAGUCAGCAACCAAAUGAAAACUUGAGUUUGAAAUCAAGUCAGCAACCAAAUGAAAACUUGAGUUUGAAAUCAAGUCAGCUACCAAAUGAAAUCUUGAGUUUGAAAUCAAGUCAGCAACCAAAUGAAAUCUUGAGCCCAACGGUGGAAAUCACCGUUGUUUUUUCUGCUCCCAUUCCAACUUCAACAAAACCAUCUUAUUCAGCACCAGGGUAUUCUGUUCUGUAUUCCAGAAAUCCUGGGAAAGGAUCCUGCCUACAAAGUGCAGAUUCGGGUUUUGUGUCUAUCCAGUCAUCUGUGGCAUCCAUGUCAAGCUCUAGAGAUUUCCAUGCUCCAUCACAAGGUGUCAUAGCUAGUGACCCACCAGGCAUCACAGCCAGCGACCUACCCGGAGUCUCAGCCAGUCACCUGCCAGGUGACACAGCCAGUGUCCUACCAGGCAUCACGGCCAUUGACCUGCCAGGUGUCACCAUCAGUGGCCAACCAGGUGUCACAGCCAGUGGUGACAUGACAAGAAAGUCGGAUGAAACCACCAGCUCUGCACCUGAAGCUGACCAGUCUAAAACUUGUGACAUUCCAGUGUUCAAACCUGAAGUCACAGCACAUCAUAAAUGCCUGGCUCACGACAAGGUGCCUGAAAUAAAAAAAGACAGCGCUGCCGCUAGUUCCACAUCCACCAUUUCAAAGCCUAGUAUUUCUGUUCAUUAUGUUAACAUGCCUCAAGAGGCUGUAAAAUUUGAUAUGAAACAGUCUUCAACUCAGAAGAUCCACCGUACUUCUCAUGUAGCAAGGGUUACCUCCCAUGGAACCACUAAAGAGGUUCCCCCAAAAUCAAUCAAGCAUGGCACAUUGAAGACACCAGAGUGGCCAGCCGCCCGUUCGAAGCAAACCAAGGUGCCCGAGCCUUCCGAGAGAGAUGCAGAGGCCGUGUCUGCCAGCUCUACAGAGUCAAUCCCUCAUCUGUCCAGCGGCGCCAGUGGACCCACCAAGUCUUCAGGCAUCCCUAAGUUUAGAAGCCCAUCAAAGAAAUCGUGCGAUCCUACCAAGUGCUUGGUGCCUGAUUAUUCUCAUGGCAGGAGCAGGCAAGCAGAUAAAUCUGAUGUGCUGCCAUGUUCUGCCGACAGGGAGAAAGUCAAGAUGUGCAAGAGCAAAAAGCAGAGUGCACGGGAGCGAGAUGAAAAGCUGUUCAGGGCACACAGAAGUCGGUACGUCUUCUCUGAUGUGGCAGCACCACCUCGGGAAAGGAGGUCACGGCACCUCAAGGAAUCCACACCUGAAUCCCCACACAAGAGGCACGGCAGGGGAGGUUCCAAGAAGAAUGAGGAAAAGAGGCGGUCCAAGCACGCAGAAGAACCUGUAAAAGAGCAAGCCAGAGACCUCACAAAAUCACCCCGAUUUAUUCGCUUUGUCAACACCCUGGCAGAGAUGUCGUUGAGUCAAGCUGUCCUAGAAGGUGCUGAGAUAGUCUCCCAGACACCAUUUUUUCAAGAGGAAAUUUCAGACGAGGUAUACAAUUGGUUUGCUAAUAAAAUCAUCACUGAAGUCUUUUUCCACGUGAUCACAGAGCUUGAAAGCCGUGAUGAUGACCAGGACCAGGACAGGCAUGCCUCCUUGCAUCUUGAGGAGAUUGGAGCUUCUGGGGGAGUGGACAGCCAGGCAGACUCAAUCCUGCAGCCUCUGGGAGCUAGUGCAAGGGACAGUAUUGCCGAUGAGGCAGGGUCCGCCCGGCCAAAAUCUAAAGGUAUUUUACCAUCAAAAUCUGACACGGCCGCCUCUGGUGUCAGUUUUAAGUCUGCGACGGGGCUGCAGAGGUCUUCUGGUUCUUUGAAAAUGGUUAAAUUUAAAGAAGGUGUUGAAGAAGAUACAGGAUGCUCUUCAUCCAAACUAGCACAUCCUCAGGUUUUGUACACUAACCAUUCAAAGGCAACAGCAUUCCAGAGAAUGGCCAGCAGCAUUCCUGUUCCAGUGAGGAGAAGAAGCAGUUUAGAUCUUCCCCUGACAUCACCCCCUACCUCAAGGACCACUGGCGAUCUCUCAGCUUUUCACAUGGCAGCGCCGCUGCAGCCUGUCAAUGUGCCCGGACAGAGGCGGAGAAGUUUGACAAAUGCAGACUUGUCUCUUGAUGCUUACCAGGCAGCUGCAUCCAUUGUUAGCCAAGUUUUCCAGACCAUUUCAGACAGCAUGGAUGUCCAGGCUUUGAGUCCAGGGUCCUCCUGCUAUCAUGGGACCAUUUCCUCAUCUGAUACAGGUGCUCAUUCCACAGGUAAGACUUGACUUUUUUUAUCUGAUGGUUGGCAUGGCUCUUUUUAAAUGGCUGAAACUUAGCAUCUGAAUUGCUUUGAGCACUGGGGUGUUGUGAUAAGAUCGGGGUCGACUGAUGCAACUCACAAUUCAUGUGUACAACACAACCACCACUUGGGACAUACCCACAAUUAUGAUUCUUAUUACUAGACCAGAGAUCCAAGACUGGUGAACGAGUGAGAUUUCUACAUCUGACUUUAACCUUUACAGAAGAGCCUUCACUAGCCAUUCAGCACAUAUUUAGCCAAACCCAGUGGAUAGAAUGGCUUAAUAUUUAUUUAUCUCUAACCCAGUCUUUCUUUAAUCUGGGUAAAUGCAUGAAUUAAUUUGAUAACCCAGGGAGGACUGGUACUAAUGAUAAUUUAUUAUAUAGUGCUUGGGCAUCUUAAGCUUCUCUUUGUUGUUGUUGUAAACCAAUGAGGAUCAGUUUGUUUAAUGAAACAUAAACCAUUUGUGUCAAUGAAACAAAAUAGGUUAAGCUUUAAUAAAAGUUACACUUAAAAUAAAUGCAAACGUUUUGGCAAAUGCCUUCAUAGGCACAACAGAAGAAAGAAAUUUGUAUAAGCAUAAGUUAAAUGUCAAUUAUAUAAAGAUAUAUAGAAAUCCUAGCUGAACAUAAAAGAAAAAGAAUGUGAAAAGGUACAAGUCACUAACAAGAACAAAGCUCAUAAAAACAGAGAGGGAAGUGGGUGGAAGUAAAAUUAUAAAAACCAAGCAGGAAAAAGGUGCUACAGCUGUGUACAAUGGUCAAUUUGGUUUAUACCCUAUGGGGUCAAGUUACAGAGUCAGCUUAGAAAUCCUUUGAGGCUUGUGCUUAGUCCAUUUCUGCGACAAACCAGUCAGACCAAUUAAAAUCCAUAAUAAUAAAAGCACAUCUGUAUGUAGGCCACAGGGUGACAGAUUGCCAGCAUCCGGAAAUUUGUUUGAAUGAAAGUUCGUCAGAAAAUUGAUUGAACGGAAGUUUGGUCUAAUCUUUUUUCUAGUUCACACCUUAAAAUUUUACGACAAAUUUCUUUUUGACGAAAACUUGAUCCUGUGAACUGAAAAAAAGAUUAGACCAAACUUCCGUUCCAACAAAUUUUCAUUGAUCAAUUUUCCGUCUAAGAAAUUUCUUUCAAACAAAUUUCCGGUAACCCAGAUUGCCAGUUGAGAAUUACAAUUUUUAAAAGACAUUGACUUGAAAUGUAUUGUUUCAAAUAGAUUUUUAUUGAUAAAAUGGAAGGAAAUUCUAGUUCAGUUUAUAAAAAACCAUAAAACCAUUUGUUUACAAUACAUAUCAUCAAACUUUUAGUUAGAUUCACGCCUAGUGGGAUGUGUUGACCAAAUUUUAUUUGAUUUUAUCGUAUGUGAACGAGAACAUGGUAUCAGAGAGUUUAGUAGAGUUCUAACAAUAGAACUUAAAUUAACAUUACAUUUUUUUUCCCAGGAAGUAGAAUUCACAGUCACUACGACAGCUUCGCCUCCAAUAUCUUCUCAAGUUCAUCAACCAAAGCUUCAGAGAGCCCUCGUCGGGCUCGUCGAUCUGUCUCCCCGAGCAUCGGACUUUUCUUCAGGAAGCCCAUGAGUCGUGAAACGCUGACUAACGCUUACUUGAAAGUUGACCACAGCCCACAGAUCAAGACCUACGAACGGCGCAGCAGUGAACCGUGUCAGACGAGCGUCACACUCUCCCUCCAGGCUUUCAACAACAACAAGUUCAAUGGCAGGACCGUUGAGGAGAAGAUGAAGAAGCUGUCCAGGACGGAUGAUGACAUCGGGUGCGGGAAAACAUGGCGCAGGGGCUCACUGGACGGCUACUCGUUUGAUCAGAGAAGAAACUCGUGUGGAUUCAAAGACCCGGUCCUGUCCAGGUUUGCUGAGGAGCUAAUGAAGGCAGACACAUCGGUGCCAGAGCUGGUCAUAGUUGGUUCACAUGCAAGUUCAUCUUCAACAGGUCAGUGCCAUUAAAGUUUCUUUUUUUUACAUUAAAAACAAUGAAAAUGUCAUUCAUUACAUUUAAGCAAAGUGUCAUUCAUUAUGUUCAAGUUUACAUUUUUGUGAAAGUAAAUUGGAUUGGAUGAAAUUGAGUGAUUCAUAUGCAUAGAUUAGAACUUGUGAAUAUUUAUUUUUUUGAGAAUUGUAGCUCCUCUCUGUAACAUAUUUUGUCAUCAGUUUGAUAAACUUUCUUCAUGUCUAACCAUUAUUUUGUCAUCAUUAACUUGUUAGGCUCAAGACGAAGCAGUGUCAGUGCAUUUCGAGAUUCUACCCUGGCUAACCUGGAAAAUGAGCUACUCAACACAAGUUUCACUAGGUCAGUCAGACAACUUGUUUUUUUGUGUUUUUUUUUACACUUUUGACUUCUUUCUUUCAAUCCUAAUUUUUAAUUUAAAUUGUAAACACCAGCUUGGUAUUUUAAUGCUCACAUUGUAAACAACGGGCCACUAGUUUUGUAUUUUAAGAAUAAUAUCACAGAUCUUGUUCCGCUAUUUCCUUGGUUUUUAAUGUUAAGACGAAUCAUCCACCUAUUGAUGAUUAAAAUAAUGUCGUUCCCCCCCCCCCUCCCCCCCCGCCCAGUGCCUGCAGCAUGUCCCAGUCAUCAAGGUCACACCGGAGACACCCACAGCUGGACAGAUCUCGCAGCCGUGACUCCAGGCAGGGCAAGUCCGACAGUUCGGAGACCGAGUACUGGUUCCCACCGCCCAAGUUUGUAGGGGAUGAAUUUCAACUGGAGUAUAACAGACAGCACAGCCAGGAGGAGUUGCAGGUAGGGAUCUUUAACAUAAUCUAUGCUGUGCUGCAGGUAGGGACCUUUAACAUAAUCUAUUCUAUGCUGCAGUUAGGCACCUUAAACAUAAUCUAUUCUGUGCUGCAGGUAGGGACCUUUAACAUUAUCUAUUCUGUGCUGCAUGUGGAGCACUUCUAUAGAAUCCGUCCUGUGCUAGCCUAAGUACAUUUGGGGCCCAUUUCUAGCUGUUAAAUUUCAGUAGGUUAGAUCAGGUGUAAAACUUAAGCAUUAAAUUAAUGUGAUGAUACUACAGCUGACCAACGUAUAAAGUAACAUUGAAGGAGUAUUCGUAGGAUUAAUGCAGUGAAAAUAACUCCUUCAUAAUGUAAUUUAAAAACUGAUUUUUCUGUUUAGGACUAUGCCAGCUAUUUUGCUGGUCGUGUAGUUCAAGAGGCCGUGUGUGUGCUCCGAUGUGACCCAGAUUACAUGAGCAGGGAGGAGCAGGAUGUGGACAUGUUUGCCGAGAACCUUACGGACCAGAUAAUGCGGGACGCACUGAUGGCCACCGUCCACACAGACAGCUCCGGCUGCCCCACUGACACCAGCGGCAAUAGCGGCAGUGAGGAGAAACUGAUGUCUGCCCUGUGGUCGAUGUCAACAUCCAACAAGCCUGGACAGGGCGGCGUGUGCGGACCUCCAACAUCUCGUGCACAUUCGAAACCCAGAAGCAUUCCACAGAGAAAGGAUUCAGUUCCAGACAUAUCCGGGAAACCCCAUUCCUCCUAUAGCCACAGGAUAAGGUUUGGUCCCAGCGGUGAAAGGAGGACAUCAUCUUUCAGCGUUCCCCCAUCACAGCAGUACCUUCAUCCUGCAUUCAAGCCCUCCUCUGAAGCUUGGGGGGGUGCUAGACCUAAGAGCUCUCGCUCCAGUCAAACUGCUGAGUCAUAUGUGACACCAACUCAAACCAAAAGACAUUCCUCACCUUCACCUUUUCAGUUUUGUUCAUCUUUGUCUCACACCUCGCCAUCAACUUUACAAGUGCCAUCAAAAAUGUCCCAUCGCCAGUACCUCAGUCUUGAAACGAGGAGCAAGUCAGAGUCAGGGCCCAGGUGCUCCAACAGACAUCUUAUUGAAAGUCAGCAAUGGGUAAGGUAUUUUACAUGUCCUAUAGACAACUUAGUGAAAGUCAUUAUUAAAUAAGAUAUUUUAUAUGUCCAACAUACGUGUAAGUGAAAGUCAAUAUAAAUGAAAGGACUGCUUUCAAGCUUAGUAAAUGAAUGAAAUAGCGAAAUGGAUACUGCUUGAGUUGUCUACUGUGCUCUUUUCUUUGUUAUAUUUUCAUUUCUAUUGUUGGCUGAGAAAGGCUUUAAGCCGAAACGUCCUUGUUUUUUGUCCUAUUAUCUUAUUUCAAGCUUCCACAUACCUCGUUUCAUUCAUAAGUGAAAGUCAGUAUUGUGUAAGGGAGACCUGGCCCCACAUAGCACUCACUUUGCGGCCCGCGAAGUAGCGAAAUAUUCUUUAUUAUUAUUAUUUUCUUAAUAGCUUUCAGAUGGCUAAUUGGCCCUCUUCCUAUCAACCUAGCGAGCUGAAACUUGGCACAUAGACUCGUUGCCGAUGACAACACAUUCUUUCAAAUUUUCAGCACCACCGCCCAACCCCAAAAAUCAGUUUUCCCUGAUUUUCAAGGGGAAGAUAAAGGAAAUAUGAUGACACUGAUUUCACGAAAUAAUAUUCCAGAUAACAUUCUUUGAAAAAAAUAUUGCAAGUGCGUUUGGUGCCUAAUAUUUUCUUUUGUUUUUCUGAUAUAGUUGGUGAAAAGAAUUUGCGGUGCAAAAGCGUGUGGGUUAUUAGAAUUUUAAUAUAGUUCAGGGGCAUGAAAAGAAAAAUGUGCUGGUGGGGGAGCACUAAUUGUUAUAAAGUGCGUUACUUGAAUGCGUGCGUUACUUGAAUGCGUGUGUUACUUGAAUGUGUGUGUUACUUGAAUGUGUGUGUUACUUGAAUGCGUGUGUUACUUGAAUGCGUGUUUUGUGGAAUUUUCCGGCGGCCGCGGCUCCCACCCCCAAUUGCGCCAUAAUACAUUUUAUAAAGGAAUUAUAUGAACAACUUUUUUUUAGGGUUGUUUAAUUCAAAUAUGUCUCUUAAUCUCUCUGCUGUAAAAUAAGAUUUUUAUAUAUGAUGUUUAAAAUGGAUAAUUAUUUUUUCUGUGCCACAGAAAAAGCCUUUGAGGAAAAAGAAAGCCGAGUCCCAUGCCAGUGUCAGCUCAGCAGAGCUUGGAUCAGAUGAAACCUGCUCUUCUCUUCUGUCAUCAUCCUCUUCAUCUUCCCUCUCAGCAUCAUCCUCCUUGGAGAGUAUUGGCCCGGUCAGCCAUGCAGACACAUGCUCUUCUCACAUUCCCACAAAACGGGCGCAGCAGACCGGUCAUUCUGGGCCACAGCAGCCGUCCAAUCCUCAGGCAAAGAGAAGGCGAGAGGAGAAGUCUGAUGGCCGGGCAGAGGAUACAGGGGACUUAGGUCAGAGUGUCGAACAGUUUGCGGACAAUCUCUGCAGUCAUGUUGUAACAGAGGCCCUGCAGCAGUGCAAGAAGAACAAAUGGCUUCGGGUGAGUGCUUUCUUCCUCUUCACAUUCAAACUGUGAAGAUCCAGGAUGGUUGUCCUUGGCAGAUAUUUGAUAUCUUUGGGUUUUUUGGACACUGUGGUACCUCUGCUUACUGUGACACAAAUUAUGUCAAUGCAUGGAGCCGUAAAGUAAGGCAGAUGCUUUUUUGAACGUAUUUUACCUCCUCCCCGCCGUCACAAUCUGUCACAAAUCUGGGACCUCCCUCCCAAAAACAGGUCACACUUUCAAACUAAAACUUUAAAAAAAAUUUUAACAACUAAAUUUAGAUUGAUUUUUAUUUUGUUGUUAAACACAUUUCACUAUUAAACUAUUUAAUUUAUAAAAGUGACAUCUUCUGUCAGAAUACAUCCAUCACAAUAGAAAGCUAAACAUCACUGUCAAUUUCAGGUUUUAUAAGCAUGAUAAAAAAUAUAGUAAAUGUGUGAUGUCACAUAUGAUCUUUAUGUUUUACUCUCUCAAAAAUUGAAAUACCAUUUUAGACCCCCCUCCCUGCCUCCAGAACCUGAUAUACUUUAUGGAUGCCCCCCCACCCCCUCCCCCCCCCCCCAUGAUAUAUGAAGAUGGUUAGACUGCAGCCGCAGAGCUGAUUAACAGUGGGUGUACAUGUUUGGUUCUGAUUAAAAGACAGUGUUCCCAUGCCAAAAAGCAUGCCCUCUCUUUGCUGGGGCGCAACUCAUAGCACGUUCAAUUGCGGUGCUAAAAAGCACACUGUGCGCUGUUUGAGUAUCAUGGUUGUUUCUUUACUAUUUCUCGGUUAAACUUUUUAAGAGCUAUUUUUUAAUUAGACUCUUACAUUGAAGAGUGGUACUUCAUUGUUUAUAAGCAAAACCAAGGUUUAUUUUUUUGUCAUUUGAAGCAAUAUUUUAUGAAUAUUCUUCGCUGAUUUUUAUUUUUAUCAAUACUGUUGUUGUGGCUACCCAUGGCCCUAAUUGGGUGAGUAAGUUUCCUAGAUUAACAGCCCAAAAAGCUUUGGAAAUUUUUCAAUUUCUUCUAUAGUGAAGUUGAUUUAGAUUUAAAUCCAUCGCAUGAUACCAAUAUUAGUAGUUUUAGAUGAUUUGAGUUAUAAUCAUGAAGAUUGUAUGGUGAAAAAAAAAAGGUUUUGCAUAUCAUGUUUUCUUAUUUUAAGUUUCUUUUUGUUACUUAGUUUAGUUAAUUCAAUUCAAUUAUCUUUCAUUUGAUACCAAAUUUAGCCUUAUAAACCAAACAAUAUUAUUUGAAAUAUUUUUUUAAGAAACCCAACCUCUCACUCUUUUUUGCUCUAGGAUAAAAAUGUUCAUUUUUUUUCAUAAAAAAAAACUCUGCAUCGAAAGAGCUAACACUGAACUGGUUUAUCUAUGUCCUUAAAUGUUUCCAUGCGAAUAAUCUUGCCUCUCUAUGACUGAACUGGUUUAUUGGUUAAAAACUGGAUGUUUUUUGGGGUCUUGUUUCAGUUUUUGUCUUACCAGCGGCCCAUAGCCACAGGGAACUGGGGAUGUGGUGCUUAUCAGGGCAAUCCUCAGCUCAAAUUUGUCAUGCAGUGGAUUGCUGCAAGUGUUGCCAGGAGCCCACUCUUGAUUUAUUACUCAUUUGGUGAUCCGGCUUUGACACAGGUAAAUUGAUGUACCGAAAUAUUAUCAACAGUUUUAUUUUAUGAUCAGACAUUGACAUAGGUAAAUUGUUGCGCUGAGUUAUUAUGAAAAAUUGACACGUGUAAAUUGAUAGACUGAGAUAUUAUCAGACAUUGACACAGUUAAAUUGAUGGACUGACAUAAUAUCAGUCGUUGACACAGUUAAAUUGAUGGACUGAGAUAUUAUCAGACAUUGACACAGUUAAAUUGAUGGACCGACAUAUUAUCAGACAUUGACACAGUUAAAUUGAUGGACUGACAUAUUAUCAGACAUUGACACAGUUAAAUUGAUGGACUGACAUAUUAUAAGACAUUGACACAGUUAAAUUGAUGGACCGACAUAUUAUCAGACAUUGACACAGUUAAAUUGAUGGACUGACAUAUUAUUAAUAAUUUCAUGAGUGAACACAACAUGGUUAUUAUUAUGACCCCAAAGCUGGGAAUGACCCCAGACAAAAAUGCAACAGUAAAGUACAAAUAAUGUUUCAAUGGUCCUAUGAUGCUAUAGUGAUGGAUUAAUAAUAAAGUGAUGAUAUUGUGAUGGAUCACCUUAAUAAUAAAGUACAGAUGGCCCUACAACUAAAAUGAUUUAAGUUGAAGAGCUAUACCUAUUUAUUGGUUAUAAAAAUCAUGGCUGCUUUCAAUCUGUUGUUCUCUUCCGAUGAAUCUCAAGGUUCAGGAUGUGACCAAUAUGAUGUCGGGGCUGACGGUCGGUCAGCUUGCGUCCACCCUCAGGGAGUACUGUAACUGGGUUUGUUUUCACUCAACGCCAUCCUCGUUAUCAUCGUCCCCCCGCUCCUCAUCAAAAACGUCAAUGGGAUCUCAUUUACCAUUGGGAUCUCAUUCACUUUGGCAAGAUCAACGAAACUCACAGCUUCCCCAGCCACUUUUUGAUUUUCUUUUGGAAAAGUUUUCACAACAGGAUGCCAAGAGAUGACCAGAAUUCCUGCAUGUGUAACAACGGGAGGCCAAGAGAUGACCAGAAUUGUAGCAUGUGUAACAACGGGAUGCCAAGAGAAGACCAGAAUUCUUGCAUGUGUAACAACAGGAGGCCAAGAGAUGACCAGAAUUGUUGCAUGUGUAACCACAUAUUGAUGGAUGAACUUUCAUGUCAAGGUCAAGGGUCAACAUUGAUGUGAUAGGCAAAGGUUAACAUUGAUGUGAUAGGCAAUGGUUAAUAUGGAUGUGAUAGGCAAGGGUUAACAUGGAUGUGACAUAGAUUGAUUAACAUUGUCAAUACAUUUAUGACAUGGGAGGUUAUACAAAAAAUGGAACCCAAUAAUGUGAUAAUGUUUAGUAGUUCAGAUCUCCCUCCACCUGGCAGUUUAGACCCCCAAAUCAACUGGCAGUUUAGACCCCCAAAUCAACUGGCAGUUUAGACCCCCAAAUCAACUGGCAGUUUAG